CGGCCCAAUCAUGGUCCCCAGGAAUGGAGAAGCAACAGCAGUAGUGGCACUCUUGAAAUUCUCUUCAAUGGAGAAAUUACAGAAUCAAAAUGAACUUGUGCGAAUGAACAUAGAAGGAAAUUGAAACGAUGUUCAGGAUUGCCGGCAGUCGGAGGAGACUUUAUUGCUAUUAUUCUUCUUCUUCUUCCUUUUUUUCACCGUGGCUUCAGAAUCUCAGCGCUACUUUUAGCACAGGGCUACUACACCUCUCAUUAUCUCCAACAGAAUCUCAUUAUUCACAAGAUUAUCACAGACUAUUAUGCAUUCUUGAAGCAUGUAAGGUGUCACCAAAUUUGAGAACUAUAGCUGGCGCACAUACUAAUAUUAUUAAACUUGGUUAUGGAAUGUAUCCUUCUCUUAUUUCUUUGAUGGUAGUGACAUAUGCGUCUUGCGAUAGACUCAAUCUUGCUCGGCAGCUGCUUGUUGAAAUUCCUACUGAGUAUUUUGAUGCUGUCUCUGCUAAUUUAAUGAUUGCUAGAUUUAUGAAGAUGGGGGCAGUUGAUGUUGCCAAGAUGAUAUUUAACGAAGUUCCCCUCCGGGAUUUGGUUACUUGGAAUUCACUGAUUGGUGGUUAUGUCAAAAAUGACAUGUGUAAGGAGGCACUCAGUGUCUUCAGAAAGAUGUUGAGGUCUAAUGUUGAACCAGAUGGAUAUACUUUUGCAUCUAUCAUUACCGCAUGUGCUAAACUUGGAGCCAUUGAUCACGCUAAGUGGGUGCUUCACUUAAUGACUGAGAGAAGGAUUGAACUAAAUUACAUUCUUUCUUCUGCUUUGAUUGAUAUGUACUCAAAAUGUGGAAGAAUUGAGAUAGCUAGAGGAAUAUUUGAUAGUGUUGAGCGUACAAAUGUCUCUGUCUGGAAUGCUAUGAUUAAUGGAUUAGGAAUCCAUGGUCUUGCUUUAGAUGCAAUUGAGAUUUUCUCACUGAUGGAGCCAGAAAAUGUUUCACCUGAUAGUAUUACUUUCAUUGGACUUCUAACAGCAUGUAGUCACUGUGGCUUGGUUGAAGAGGGUCAAAAGUAUUUUCAACUAAUGAAAAGUCUGUAUUUGAUUCAACCACAACUUGAGCAUUAUGGAACAAUGGUUGAUCUACUAGGCAGAGCUGGACUGCUUGAUGAAGCUUAUACUGUAAUCAAGGAAAUGCCAAUAGAGCCUGAUGCAGUCAUAUGGAGGACAUUUCUCAGUGCUUGUAGAAUUCACAAAAAUUCUGAGAUGGGUGAAGUUGCUAGCACAAAAAUAUCUCAUCUUGGUAGUGGUGAUUAUGUCUUGCUGUCAAACAUUUAUUGUUCUACUAAGAAAUGGGAUAAUGCAGAGAAAGUUAGAUGUCUGAUGAAAUGGAAAGGAGUUCGUAAAAAUAGUGGGAAAAGUUGGGUUGAAGUGGGUAAUGUCGUUCACCAGUUCAAGGCAGGUGACCGGUCACACCCUGAAGCUGAACUAAUAAAUAGAACUUUGAAGGAAUUAUUUCAUCGAACCAAAUUGGAAGGAUUUAGUUCAACGACUGAGUUGGUUUUGAUGGAUAUUUCUGAUGAGGAAAAGGAGGAAAACUUGAGUUACCACAGUGAAAAAUUGGCAUUAGCCUAUGGGAUCUUAAAAUCUAGUCCUGGAACUCGUAUUCAAGUUUCGAAAAAUCUUCGUACUUGUCCAGAUUGCCAUUCUUGGAUGAAAAUGGUAGCAAAGGUGUUAAAUAGGGAGAUCAUUGUGAGGGACAGGAUCCGCUUUCAUCACUUUGCAGAUGGUUAUUGUAGUUGUGGGGAUUACUGGUAGCAUUUCUUUGAAGUUCCAAUUGAGUUUGGUAAUUGAAGCUUAAGUAGAUAUCUUAUGGUGGACUUCAUAAAAAUGAAAGACAUCUUACAGUGGAUGUCUCAAAGAUUCUUGUGGCUCUUAUCUUGCCUGUUUCUAGCAUCGUAUCUGCUGUCUGCACUCUUUGUACAAGCACAGCACAA